AUGCCGCCUCGCCACGGCACCACGGCAGUUGUUGUAUCAUGUCCUCCAAGCCUCCAACAGUUAACGACUCCAACAGGCAACGACUUUACUCUAGGUGCUGCGGUCAGUUCUGGCACGAGGAUACCCAAGUGGUCAUCUACUGCGUACGAAACUACGAAUCACUCCGAGCGGCGCCAGGGCGCAGCGGUGAUCCACGCGGGCCGUACCUCGAUGCUUCUCGAACACGUUUUCUCCAAAGCCUUCAUCUCGGGAGUCGACGCCCGCUGUCUCAACCACCCACCACCCCAACUCUCCCGGCCGUCCCUGUCUGCACACUGUCCGUGGAGUGGAGCCCAACAGUCGACGGCAUCACGGUGCGCCGGGCCCGUCCCAAAGUCCGCUGCUUCCAUGAUGCCGGCCGGCGAUAACAUGAAGGAGAGAGAGAUCGCCACUGUCUGCCUCAGCUUAGGUAGCCCUCUAGCCAGGGUGGUGAGCCACGCCGUCACUGCCGUAGUGAGACCGGAUCAGCAUCCGAAACAAUCACCGGACCUCUUUGCUAGCGAUCCAGCAAAGGCACCGGGCCUAGAUUACGGGACAGCUGGCCUCUCCGGGCGGUUUGGAGGGUUUCACCGCAGCUUCGGUCUCGGACCUUCACGCCAGUCCUGGCUCUCCACCACCGGCGGAUACCCACUCUGA